AUGCAGCAACCCAGAUCCGCUCUCUCGCCCCUUCCCGACAUCGUGCGCGGCCCAUCCGCACCGCCGCGACUACCACCUCGCCCUUCCCCACCACCGCCUGCUCCAGACUUCCUCGUCAUCGGCUUGUUCGCCCUGCGACUCACCAAGCGGUUGAUUGAAAGCCUCGAGUACUAUCCCGGUCGUGAUGCCGACAUCAUCUGGCUCGUUAACUUCCUCUCGCCCUUCCACAACGAAUACGAACUAGCCAAGAUCUCAGGUGCUCGGAGAGAUGACUACCUCGCGACGUAUCAGAGCAUUGUCUCACGGAUGAAGAAGCAGCCAAAAUACCCUAUGCGGUUCAUGCAGAUGAAUCCGGAUCAAUCGGCGCAGCCAGCAAGGCGAGUGAGCGAGAUGGAGCGACCGAGGGACAUGACCGAUGGCAGCGGCCGCGCUAUGAAGAAAGAGAGGAGUUACGAGAUCACAGGCAGUCGCGAUCCGAAGACAGAGAGGAGUUGCUAG